AUGCAGACCAAAUGCGUGCGAUGUGCAGGAAACCAUCCCACGGAAAACUGCACAAAGGACGAAGACACGCCUCCCACGUGCGCCAGAUGCUCACAGCAACACCCUGGGAAUUACUUGGGAUGUGACGCUGUAAAGGCGUACAAGGCACGCCAACAGGCACCUGCAGCCAAUCGCAACGCAGCAACAAGGCAAGGGUACACCUUUGCCAACGCCACAGCCCACAACAGACGGAACGUCGGUCCCCAGCCAGCGGCAAUCAGAACCACAGCAGCAGCCGCCGCCACCUCCGCCAGGCCGACAGCCGCCGCCGGGCCGACAGCUGCCGCCACCGCCCCCAGGCCGACAGCCGCCGUCACUGCCGCCAGACCGACAGCCGCCACCUCGGAAGCCACGAAAGACGCCCCAACAACAACGCGGGCUACCACCGCCUUCACCACACCCAUGGCAGCACCACCAUCGACGCUGUCGGACAAGGACAACAACGCCAUCAAGGACCAGGCGUCACAAACGAACGCCAGCCACACCGCCAUCAUGAGGAGGCGUCCUUCCCUUGCGGUCCGAAUAAGAUGGACACCUAAUAAACCAGCACACCCAGCGCCAACCGCUGCAACCAACCUGAUGACCCAGGACAACGCAGCCGUCUUUCUGGAGGCCGUGCAAGCGGCUAUGACAACCGCAAUGGAGGUCAUUGUGAAGUACAUCCCGCAGCAGAUAAGCGCUGCAAUUCAAGCUGCCAUGCAGGCAUUCCCGCCGACCAACCCAAGGAACCAACAUGGGUACUAG